UGAGUUGACAUUUGUUGUUGCUUGAAUUACGAAAGACGACGAACUUUUAUUUUUAAAAUUGCACGUUUAUCUAUUAAUAAACCCUAGUCAAUAGUUUUAGAACAGAUUUCGUAGACGUCUGAAGUGCGUAAACCCUGUGUUUAUAUUUCACAGCGCGUAAUUCACGUGGAAAAUGCGUAGCGAAUAUAGUGUGUGUGCAAAUAAAAUAACUUACUUUUCACCAAAAACUAUAUUUUUCCUUUGAUGUUUUUCAUAUUUACUUGUUGGAAAUGUAUCUGGAUACUAUAAGUGAUCUGUGUGACGAAUGAACAAGCCAAAUUUGAUGUACAAACAGACGCAUUGAUAAGAUUGUAAUCUUAUGUUAUGGUACUGAUUAGAAUUUCUAAAAGCGCUAAUCUGACAUGAAUUCAAUGAUAAUCUGUCUGAAUAUGUUGUGCUAACAGUUGGUGUGUCCUCACUGGGUAAUAAUAUUAGUGUUUCAGUGUUAAAAAGUUUAGUAAACUGUGAAAAUGCCUGGGAAAAUAAAGGUUAAAGUGUUGGCUGGCAGAAAUUUGCCUGUAAUGGACAGAGCCAGUGAUACUACGGAUGCAUUUGUGGAGAUAAAGUUUGGAGGGGUGACCCACAAAACUGAUGUUUGCAGGAAGUCGUUGAACCCUCAUUGGAGCAGUACAGAAUGGUACCGGUUUGAGGUAGACGAGUCAGAGCUGCAAGACGAGCCACUCCAGCUACGUCUGAUGGACCACGACACGUACUCCGCGAAUGACGCGAUAGGCAAGGUUGUGAUCAGCCUGGCGCCGCUGCUGGCUCGAGAGGCGAACAAUGCUAAGAGCACUGCUGGCGGCCACGGAGGUGCGGUGCUGUCGGGCUGGAUACCGGUGUUCGACACGAUGCACGGCAUCCGCGGGGAGCUGAACGUGAUCGUCAAGGUGGAGCUGUUCUCAGAUUUUAACAAGUACAAGACUUCCAGCUGCGGCGUACAGUUCUUCCAUUGUCCGAUGAUACCGCCGGGCUACAAAGCGACAUCUAUUCACGGAUUUGUCGAGGAACUAGUAGUGAACGACGACCCGGAAUACCAGUGGAUCGACAAGAUUAGGACGCCUCGCGCCUCGAACGAGGCGAGGCAGGUCGCCUUUAUCAAACUUAGCAAUCAGGUGCAAAGGUUAGUUGGUCUAAAAGCAGCUGAAUUAGGAGCAAAUGCUGUAGUUGGAUACCAGCAGGACUUCGAUCUUGAAGGAGAAGCGGGUGUUGUGGCCAGAGCUAUUGGUACAGCAGUCAGUAUAACGCCUCUGCCGACUCCGAGUCAACCAAUCAGCAUACCGGCUUGCACUCAGCAACAACUAAGAAAGUACUUGGACAUUUUGUCGACCGAUACCGAACAUAUCACGGAUUUAAACGAAUAUUUUCAAUGUCAUCCCGAUGAGUUGCAAAGAUUUCUAAAUAUACUUCACCCUAGAUCGUCUCUUUUCGAUGAUCAAGAUAAUCUUGAUGAUGACGAUAAAAGCGCUCAAUUUACAAGGCAGUCCAGUGUCAAAAGUUACGCAGGAAGUGUUUCUAUAUACCAAGACGAUUACAUAUCUCAGAAAAGUCUUAGGCACAUACAUGAUGAUCAAACUGAUUUAAAUAAACUCCUAAAUCGCAAAGAUAGCGAUGAAGACUCAGAUUCAACCAACACUCUUAAAAAGAUAAAAAAAUUUAAACCUAACUUAUUUUUUAAGCGUUUGAGCAGCGUCCGCAGCGUCCGUCGAAAAUCAGACAGACAAGACGAUUCAGUUUCAAUAAAAUCGAAUUCAUCUGACACUUCUAAAAUAUCUCUCGUUGAUAUUAAAAAUGAGUUUAAGAAAUUGAAAAAGCUAAAGAAACCCAAAUUUAAGAAAACUUUCGCUAACAAAUUUGACGAAGGUGUCGGUAUGGCAUCUAUUCUAGCAAGGUCUGUCAUUCAUGCUCACACGAGUCUUGCUUGUAUUGCUGAAACUCAAGAUUCUGAGCAUUCUCCUAAUUCUACUACAAGACGCGCUAGUGAAUCCGAACCCCAGUUAAACAUAUCAGACGACGAUAAUGCAAAAAAAUCUAGCUCCGAAUCACAUGAUACUAAAUCGGAGAAAAAAGUACCUGAACUCUUGUUUUCCUCUUUAACUAAUAUAAGCGAGGAUAAUUCAGAGACUACAAAACGGGAGAGAAAAAUGUCCGAAUCGUGUCCUACGACUCCCGUCGUUGCUAGAAAUGAAGCUCUUCUUAAACCUGUGGAACCAGAUUUCCAUGGUUCAGUUUCUUCGAUACUUUCAGGAGAGAGUUCUGAAAUUUACUCUAGCUCUGAUGAAGACGACGAGAGUUCAGAUCUAAGAACUGAUAAUGAAAGAUCUUACGAAACUACCAGUUCAAUCGUCCAAUCCGUUCUAAGUAGAGAAGUAAAUCCGGAUUUAAUUGCACAUAUGGAAAAAAAACUUAGUGUUUUAGAAACAAUUCCUCCAAACCAAUUUGAGCGUUCUAAAAAUCAAGAGAAAAAUUGGAGUCAAGAAAGCAAAACAGAAUCUUCUGAAACUGAGGAAUCUACCGAUAUCGAUAAAGAUGCCAAGAUUGGACAUCUCAUCGUUCCAUCCACAUCCGGCGUUGCGGAAUCGAACACGUUUGUAGCUCCUAAAUCUAAUACUCAUCACUUCAAGUUUCACAACCCCUUUGCUCAUAGAAAAUCCAAUAGUAUUAGUGCCCCAUGUUCCCCGACUGAGAGUAAAAGCUUUGUAUAUCGCUCUUCCAAACGUAUAAAACGCCAGAUAUCUAAAAUAUCGAAAAGUAACAUGAUCAAAAGUUUGUCACAUUAUUCUUUGUUGCCAAAGAAAAAACACGAGAAACCAAAACAUUUAAGUCAGCCGAAUUCAAGUUCUGAUAUAACUUCGAAAGCUCCUAGUGAGACAGUGUUAGGUUCUCCAUUUCUUUCUUAUGCUGACUUAAUGUCCUUAGAUAAAGAAGGUUUGGAUGCUAAGCAAAUAUUUCAUAAAAGUGACGAACUACCUCAUCCUAAUGUUUCUAUGUACAUCGGAUCGGAGCCAGUUUCCAGAGCGUCUCUAAGCGGUAAUUUAUUCCCAGAUGACUCACAUGUACAUAGUAGGGAACAUUCUGUUCAAAAAGAGAAGCGCGUUAUAAAGCCAUCUAGUCUUGUACACACUGCUAUGGAGACUAUACUUAUAGAUAAAGUACAAUCACUUCUUGCACCAACAUCUCCUGAUCCCAUACCUAUAGGAAAUAAUCAAUUUUUUAAUGACGUUAAUGAAAAAUUGGAAAAAGUCGAAGAAGCAAGAAAUGAAGAAGCAAGAAAUAAAUCUCCCGUGUCGACCGGAAUUAUUCAUACGGCAAUGGAGACUAUUCUGUUGGACAAAGUCCAAUCUUUACUUAUACCGACUUCACCUGAUGCUACUUUAUUAAAACGAUUCGAUUUUGAUCCGAACGCAAAAUAUGCGACAGAUGCCGACAAUCACGCAACUAAUAGAAGCAAUACAGAAAGCAACCAAUCGUCAAACGGUUCUUUAAAAGAACUAGACAAUAAUAAUCCGUCCAAACCUAUCGAAAGAGAUUCAAAUGGAGUAAAUAAAGCCUCAAAUGACAAUAUUUCAAUAUUAUCUGGUGUCAAAACAACUGUAAUUGACAAAGUAAUACAUUACCUUGAACCAAACAAACAUACUGAAGAAGCUCCUAGCCUCAUAAAAAAUGCUGUUCAAAUCACACUAAUGGACAAAGUGCAAAACAUCUUAAGUCCAACAAAUUAUUCUGAGUCUAUACAUCAAAUUCUCGAGUAUACGGACGAGAAACCAGAGGAUAAAAAAGAAAAUACAUCGAAUAAUGAAAAGGAACCUGGUUUAGUAAGUACGGCAAUGCAAACGAUGCUCAUGGAAAAGGCUCAAUCACUAAUGAUAGAACCAGAAGAAAACGCAACGGGAAAUGUACACAAAAACAAAUUAGUCAGACAAGACAGCGUAGAUACCGUCGAAUCGUGCAAAAUGUCCAAAGAAACAAUAAAGCCGGUCCUCCAGCAUUUUCAUCCCAUACUUAGCGGCGCACCGUUAGAGACCAUACCCUCCGAGAGUAGUGUCGAGCGUAGUGAGAGCUUAGAUGUAGAAGGACAUGAUGAUUGUGACACUAACUCUGCUAGUGUGUGCGAUAACUUGCAUGCAGCGUGCAAUGUUGACAGGGAGCGGGAAGCGAGGAGCGAUAAGGACAAGGGUUCUCCGAGGCACGCGAGGCAUGAGUCGUAUGGUGGGAAGGAUCCGGUGCCUCCUGCGACCAAUCAGAACUCUUCGCUGAAUGCGUCCUCAGCUCCAAUGGGGAUACAUAGAAGAUCGUCCGAUUCUGACCUUAGUGUUACACCAAAAGGCAGCUCUCUAAACACAUCGUCGGGAAACGUGGGCAGCGGUGGCGGCGCCAUCUUGCGGCCGUCGAUGAACAGCAAUAACCUGGAGAUGCUGGAGUACCCCUUCCUGACCAUGACUGAGUACCCACCUGGUUUUAUUGUACAUAUUGGUGGAACAGUGUGUGCUCGAUCUGUGAAAUUAGUGGACGGUGGAGGGGAGAGUGCGCUUCGUGCUGCUUGGUGGGCCGAGCUCAGGACUGAGCUGCGGGCUCAUGCCAGGGCGCUCAGGUGUAAUGCUGUCAUCGCCUACACUGACACUGCCGCCAUCUGUGAAGACGUGUGCGUGUUGUCGGCGUCAGGCACGGCGGCGGUUAUUAAUCUCGACUGCGAUUUUAACGCAGACCUGGAACCUUUAAUCGCUGGCAACAACGGCUCCAAAAUUCCAGACGAGAACACAACAGAAUGCUGUUCCGUGGCGCACGUGCCGUAUUCUCCGGCCGCGGGACCCUACAGGGCCGAAUUAGGGGCCUGCGGGGGGUGCAGACGAGCUCGUGUCCCCGCCGUGUUGCUGUCGACGUGCGCGAAGCCGUCCCGACUGACCGCAUAUCCCAAGGCUGUAACAUUGACUGCUGUUGCGGCGCGCGUGCGCCGCGCGCCGCCCGCAGGCGAGCCCGCGGCUCUGGACAUCUCCGACCAGCUGCCGUUCUUGGAGUACGAACUGCACAAACUGUUGCUGGCCAAAUUGAGGAUGCAGGGCGCGAACGCAGUGUUCAACCUGCAGACGCAGGUGUCUGUGGGCGAGCGCUGCGUGCUAGCGCUGGCCAGCGGCUGCGCCGUGCGCGUGGCCGCGCUGCCGCCGCCUCGUCCGCCGAGGAUCAAGGCAUCAGAAAACGACAAGGAAGCGUUGGAAAUACAGAAGGCAUUGUGGGAUACAUUCACAGCUAACAAGACUGCAAAUGGAUUCGACGUCGGAGUACCGGAACACAACACAAACGGUGCGCUACCGGAAGUGGAGUCGGAAGAAGCGCCGCCAACUUUGGAACUUAGCGCUGAUAAAGACGCAUGCGUACUGGAACUGGAUGAAGCUGAGGACGUAGAAACAGCUCGAUGUUUGGCCACGCGCCGACUUCACACUCGUAUGCAGGUGUUCACACCGGCGCUGCGGCCCGCCAGAAAUGCCCCGCCACAUGCGUUUGCGCAGGUGUGGCGCGCGCGGCUGCCGCUGUCGGGGCAAGGGGUCGCCGCGUCCACGGCGGCGGAGCGGCACGUGGCGCGCGCGCUGGACGGCGUCUGCUACAAGCUGCGGCGGCUGCGGCCCUGCGCGCUGCUGGCGCCCCGCUUCCAGCUCGAGCUACCUGAGGACGAGAUCCAACUAGUGGUGUCUGGCGCGGCCAUUCCUCUAGUAGAUCCGUCCAAACCGGAAUCGAACGGCGUCGAGAACGGACACAACGACCACUCGGGCACUGGGGAUGCUGAAGAUGAUAUCUUUGUGUUAGAUGAAGAACAACCUAAACAAUCAGUGGUGGAAGACAGUACUCCGGCUAAUGGACAGUCCCCGACAAUGGUGUCGCUGACGUCACUAAGCUACAUAGUGGGCGCGCGCGGCGCUCGCAGAGUGUGCGCGUUGCGGCUGCUGUUCGUGAGAGAGACCACCGCCGUCAGGGAGCUGGGGGGGCUCAGCGGCUUCCUGCACACAUUUACCUGCGAGGUGCUAGCGAUAGUACGGGCGUACACAGCAGCGUUGGGAGGAAACGCUCUGACGUCAUUCUACAUCACACAGCUCAUGUUGCAAGACAACGCGCACAAAAACCAGGGCCAAUGUCUACUCUCAGUCGGCGGAGAUGUGGUUCAUAUCACGUAUUAAAACUUAUAAAGCAAACAUGACAUCUCUCUCUCUCUCUCUCUCUCUUAUCUCUGCGAGUUUUCGGUGCGUUUGGGGCUGUGACGCCGCGAAGACGGAGACAGAAGAUUUUGGAUUUUACAACACCGCUUGCUUUACGUACAGUGACGUGAGCAAACAUAACAUAUCUACUAUUACAAAAGUUAAUGUAACUACUGUCUGUCUAUAACAUGAAGCCUGGGACGAGUACUAUCGAGAUUUUGUUAAUCACGUACAUACACGUAUUGUUAUCUCUUUCAUGGGCAGCCCAUCCUCUCCUUGCACGCUGAAAGGAAUAACAACACGAGUACACAUUGUACCUAAGUAUAAAUACCUCGCAUUAGAAAGAGAGGUCGGGCAACCGAUGAAAGAGAUAGCAAUAUUUAAAAAGCAAUACCUUAAUUUAAAAAGUUCUUAGGAGUACUAACUCCAGUCUUACCUAUAGCUUCAUCCUACAAGGUAAUAUUAUAAAUGCGAAAGAUUGUUGGGAUGCAUGUGUGUAUGUAUGUAUGUAUGUUUGUUUGUUUGUUUGUUUGUUUGUUUGUUUGUUUGUUUGUUUGUUUGUUUGUUUGUUUGUUUGUUUGUUUGUUUGUUUGUUACGUUUUCGCGCGAAAUGUACUGGACGGAUUGUCAUGAAAUUAGGAAUACGGGUACUAGGGCUACUUUUUAUUCCAAAAUUCCCACGGGUGAAGCCCCGGGGCACAGCUUGUGGUCUAUAAAGAGUGCAAAAUGGGUUUUUAACUGAACUCAUUUUAUUUUGUUAUUGCAAUACCAAAAAGAUUGAUUGAUGAACCAGUGUUGCCCUCCCGGAGCAGACAGCGCGCUCAUUUACUUUUUACUCUCUAUUGAAAAACUUAUCGCAGGCAGGCUAUUUAGCAUGUUGUAAUUUAGUAAUAGAACAUCAAUACUGUGAUUAUAAAUAAAAAGUAUGUCACUGAGAAUAUAUUUUUUGGCAAAAAAAUGAGGUGCCAAUAAGCAUUACGACAUUAGUCGUAAUGCUUAUUUUAAAACGUAUAUAACAUUGUCAAGUAUAUUUGAGACAUUCACGUAAGAUUUUAUUUCCAAGUCGCCUAAAGGCAUCUGACAUGAUAUUGUAACAUACAUUCAUGAUUUAGUGAAAUUCAUAUGAAGAUCUGGAAUAGUAAACAACAUAAUAAAAAAUCGACAACAAAAGGGAUUUUUGAUUUCACCAAAUGCCAUCUUGUUUUAUAAUUUUUUGCUAAAUUUUCAUCACUGUAAACAAUAUUGUGUUUGUUCGUUCAUUUUAAUGAAUGACUUUGAAUGAGACAAAAUAUAUAAUCUAAUGUGGUCUCCGUGUAUGUACGGCUACGCUAAGCUGAUAUCUAGUUGAAAUUGUUUAAGAUUUUUUUUUUAUUGUACACAAAGUUAAAUGCAAUAUUGUUAUUAUUAAGCUAUUUAUUUUGUUUUAAUAUCGAUUUGAUCUGUUUUGAUUUACUAAUAUAAAAGUGAAAUUUGUCCUAUGUAUAAAUUGUUUUGUGUAUAUCAUAAUCAAUUUUGCGAUUAUUCUUUUCUGUAAUAAUGAACUUUUAUGUCAAAAAAAUUUGGUUCAAAUUAUAAACUCUUCUAAAAUGUAGUCACACAUUUUGUUUUAAACAACGACUUUUAUAAAAUCAAAUAGAUUGAAUUGUCAUGUAAUAUAUUUUAACAUUAAUGUAACUUCUUAUAAAAGCCAACCUUGUGUCAACAUUAUGUCGAUUCAUAAUUCUAAAUUACUAUAAGUGAUCAAAAUUCAUAUCAAAAAAGGAACAAUUUGUACGUUAAGUCCUUCUUCAUAGUCGUAUUCCUCAUGGAUGUGGUUCGUGGUCAUUACGUGGAAUGAAACACACACAUCAACUUUCUUGGCAUUAGUAAUGGAGUGGUUUUCCAUUGCUUCUCCAUUUCACACAGGAGAUAAUAAUCAACCAGUGGGCAGGUUUCCUCACGAUGUUUUCCUUCACCGGAAGCAAGUGGUGGUCGAUAAAAACUUUACAUGAGUCAGAUUGGUAUACAAACUCAUGUGGCAUGAGUACGAUUCGCACCUGGCACGUUUCUGUCCACAGGCGAGCGUCAACCAUUACACCACCACCGCUUCGUAGAAUUACGUUUACAGAAAUCUUUAUAUGACCAAGUUUGGAUGUCAAUCUACGAAUUGUUUCUUUAUUUACAAGCGUAUAAAUUGCCAUUCUAUAUUUGAAAUAUAUUACUGGCCGAACACAGUGAGAUAUUUUUUUUAUUUUUUACGUUUCGCUAGGUUAUGUCCAAUAUAAUAAAUUCUAUAUUCAAAAUCAUAAGUUUUAUCGAUUUUGUUGAGUGAUAAAUUGUAAUAAUAGCACCACUGAGCGUUAUCCUGGUUGAAUCCUCAGCUAUAUUUGGUGUCCCGGGAUCCGCUUUUGCCAAAUCGCUCUCCAUACGAAUAUUAUUCGUUAUCAUUGUCUUGCCAUAGAGUAGGUUUUUUUUUAUAGUUUCCAAUUAAAAGUACUUUAAAUUUAAGUUUUAUGUAUAUUAUUUAAACAGAAUACAAAUGUAAACUAGUUCAGAAAUUUAUAAAAGUAACUUAUUUUAAAAGAAAAAUAUUUGUACUUAAAAUGCACAUUUUUCUAAUUUCACGACUUUUUUAUCACUCGUUAGUUAUGCACUAUUACGAAGUAUUUACAAUCUUUGUAUCAAUCAAUCAAUCAAUUCAUCAAUUAAUCAAAUCAAUCUUUGUGUUUACAAUCAAAUAAUCAUAUAUUCUAAAAAAACGUCAGCGCAUCCAUUAGAUUUUUCACCAAAACUAUAAAUAAAUUGCAUGGAAAGUUAUAUUUUAAUAUGAAUAUUGUAAAAUGAAAAUAUUGUUAAAAUAUUUUUUCGUACGAGUAGAUACCUUUUGCUAUGUGGAUUUAGCAUUUAUGCAGUAGAGAUAAAGUUUAAAAACAACUUUUGUUAACAAUCAUUAAAUACGUAACUAUAAUUCACUGUUUUUUCACAAAAUCUUUAUACAUCACAUGUAUAAUAAAAACAUAGCAGAUACUUACUGGUAACGGAUUUCACGGAUUCCACUAAUAUCUAGCCAGAAACAAAUGUAUAUUUAAUGUUCUUUGAUAAAUAUUAACCCUUUCACUGCGAACGUCGGAUUAAACUUGAGUGUUGGACAUAUGUAUUUUCGAUUCGAUAUGUAUUUUCUGAUGUAAAAUUGCGCGGUGAAAGGGUAAACAAAUAAACGAUAAUCGCUAUUAUUGGUGUCGACAAAUCAAUGUAGUAAUUCUGAUUCGUAUUCUAAAUGUCUCCCGGUUAGUGUAAAUAUGGUGCUAUAUUAAAGUGUUUGUUUUGAAAUAAAUUGGACGAUUUUUAAAAUUUAAUAGAUCUGCAAGAAUCGCAGCAAAUGGUCGUGCUAAAUCUCCGCAAAUCCCUGCGACGCAAGCUAAACAUGAUGAAGCAGAUGCAUACUUUUUGGGUUUAACCUUUUUUGGGUCAGCAGUGGGCGAAGUGCGGGUUUGCAUUUCAUUUCUCACCAUCUAAUCGAUUCGAAGUGAGGCACAGCGAACCAAUCACAGUGCGCCAUUGUGACACAACGACAACCGCACGGCAAUGUGAUUGGUCCGUCGCGUCUCACUUCGAAUCGACUCGAUAGUGAGAAAUGAAAUGGAAACACGCACUUCAACCUCUGGCCUAAUAUCAACUUUUACGGAACGAUUCCAAUGUAACUAUGUUCAAUUUAGGAAUCUAAAAUAAAUUUCAAUCGCAUUGAUACUAAAAAUUAAGUCGAUGGUAAGAAUUUGCGAUGCAGAUCAGUUUAGGUCAUAAAGUGGAUCGCUUUAAUCGACGAUAGUAAGCCCCCAGACGUGUACACUAUGUCACUUGAUUCUCGCCUUAAGAUGGAAUGACAUGUGUAGAAUAUAUUGGUAUGUGUAUGCCAAUAAAUUCCAUGUCAUUCUUGUAGCUGGCAUGCAAGUAGAUAACAAGCAAUUUGUUGCAUGACUAUUUCUCAUGAGCGUGGGGGAGACGCGGGGUCAGAUCAGCCAAUAAGGGCAACGCUCACAAAUUACGCUAUUACUUAAUUGAUUACGAACCGUGCCAGCCACUUGCAUGCACAUUUAAGCAUUUAUGGCUAUCUGUACUCCAAUUUUCAGUCCAAUUUGUUUCGAAUAAAUAUUUUGUAUAUAUGUUUCCUACCCCGUGAUUCUUGUAUCCUUAAUGUUUUGUAACAUCAAAGUUAAUCGGACCGAGAAAUAGCACAGUAUUUUAGGUAUUGUACCAGUAUUUUAGCUCUUAAAAUAAAUAUGAAAAUGCUAUUAAAUCGUUGAAAUAUAGCUGGCCAUGUUAAGGGUAAAAUAAUUUUCUAUUAGAAAUUAUUAUUUAAAAAUUGAUUUAUUAUAAGUACUUAAUAUUGUGACUAUUAUAUAUAGAUAAUUUGUAAUUGCUACGUUUUAGUUCAUAUGGUAUGAAAACAAUGACAGUUUGUCAUCCUGUUGCAAUAUAAAUAUAAAUGGAAUAUACAUUUUUACCAAUUUGGUCCUAAGGUUUGACUAUCCGAAAUUGCUUUAGGCAUUUAGGGUGAGUUGCACCGUCAACUUUACGUGCGCAGAAAAAUGCUAAGUAUUCCAUUUUGUCUAAACAUCGUCAGCGGCGCGCUGGUAAAAAUCAACGUCAAAUUUGACGGUAACUCACUUGUUAAUUGUUUAAGUUAAAAUAAAAUCUAUACUCUGUUAUUUCUCGGUCUAAAUGUAGCUACAAUUUGGAUGUCUUUAUGUAUUUUGUCUACAUGUAUACAACGUGUUCUAGGAAAAUUAUACUGUGGGAAAAUAUAUUGUCUUUACAUUUUCA